AUGCGGCUGUUCACGAUAUUUCGUGCAUUAUUAGUACGAAUGUUAUUUGCUGCUCAUGGUCUGAUUGCAAUAUGGCGAAUGUUUAUGGUAAUUGGAGAAACAUGGUGUUGGUACCUUACUGCUGCUUUAGGCCUUCUGCUUGUAGAAACAAUGGUAACUUUAUGUGUUAAAAAAGGAAAAGAAUGGAAAUGGUUUUGCCCAAGUGUGUUUCUGUAUUUGGGGAGUGUGGUUCCAGCUAUAUGGUUUCUGGAAUUGCAUGAAAUGGAAACAAGAAUUAAUCUCAGAAAUAAUGUGAAUGUAACUGUUAACAAUUCUAAUCAGACGGCGGAAGAUUUGAGAGUCCAAAUAGAAGGGGUAGGUAAUAAUUGGGUGAUAAAUAUACCAUUGGAAUUGACGUCAGAUUUAUGGUUAAGAGUAAUAGAGCAGUUUUUAUUAUUGAUGUUAAUCAUUGGUCGAUGGAUGUUACCAAAAGGUUCUUUAACUCAUGAUCAGCUGUCGCAGCUGUUACUGGUAUAUGUUGGUACUGCAGCUGAUAUCGUUGAAUUCUAUGAAGCAUUUAGCGAGGAGAAGGUAACUUACAAUCGAUUUUUAUGUUACAUUAUUCUUGGUAUCUGGACAACAAGUCUUCUUCAAUUUUCAUUGGUUUUAACAGCAACUAGAGCAAGACAGGACCAAUCUGGUGUACCCAGACCUAUACCACUUGAGAUACAAGACAAUGUUAGUACAUGUUGUAAUCCAGAGAUUUAUGGGAUUGUGAUUUCCAUCAUGUUACAAGAUUUACCAUUCUUGGUGGUGCGACUGCUUCUCAUUUUUCGUUACAAGGUUGUGAGCUAUACAAACUUUUUCUUCACGUCGAAAAACACAUUGGUUAUCAUAUUACUCAUGUAUCGUUUGAUCGUCAUAGAAACCUCAGCAGCUAAAGCCUCUGGGAAAUCUCGUCAA